AUGCGCGGGGAGAGAGAGGAGGAGGAGGAAGAAGAAGAAGAUGAUGAUGAGGCAGACAAUCCGACAAACAGAAAGGGGGGAGAGAGAGGGUGGAAGAUAGAGAGAUGCGGCGCGAGGAGUUGGGACCAGACAGGACGGCGGAAGGAGGACGUGUCUUGCGUGGUCGAGCAGCGGAAAUUAGACGCUGAAUUGAAGGGUGCAGAAAGGCCCGGGGGUGCGACUCCUGGGCGGCGAAAAUCCCCUAGUUUGGCUGGCGGCGGUGGUUACGGGACUGGGCCAAAGCACAACGCUUCUACUUGGGAGCAGGGAGGGCUGGAUGACUAUAUCGAAAACCCGGACAAAGACCCAAAGAGCAAGAGUACAGUCAGACGUGUCUGGGCGUAG